CAUCAAAUACACGUGUUUUACCAGUGUUUUUUUUUAUUAUCAGUUUGAUUAACUGUUGCACUUGCAGUCUUAACGCAUAAAAAACAGCAUGCCUUAUCGGUUUAUUAUUUUUAAAUAGAAUGCAAUCCUGAAGGAGUAACAGAUAUGUUUUUGUUUCACCGUCCACCCAGAAAGAAACUCUUGUAUAGACAACUGAUCUGUCUGCUAAACUCAUAUCAGACAGACGCAAGGUUUUAGGGUCAUGAAGAACACGUUGCUUCCAAACGUUCGCCGGCUGGUGCUUGCACGUCUAAUGAUGUUUUUUUUUAAAAAAAAAAAAAGCUCCCCGGAGUAAAGGCCACCCUAAACAAUGCUUACGACUUCAGAAAGAUUCUGAUGACACAGCAUGUUGAGAUCUGCAGUCACGCCGAUUUUCCCUCCACUUUACUCAAGCACGUCAAUGAAAGAAACAUUUAAAUCGGAAGCCCACCCACCGCCCGCCGCGAGCCAAUGCGCGGCCCGGAGCUGAGGAACGACACGCCCACCUUUGCACCGAGCCAAUAGGAGCGUAAAGGUCGGGAGGGGGGGGAAACUUGCCCCGGGAUCAAUUCGUCUCGCAUCAGUGACCUUCUGCAAAUGUGUGGGAGGAAUUUGGCCAGCUCUCCUCUGACUUUCAGGUGUUGUUAGUAUGGGAAGUCGACAACAAUGGCUCACGAGACUGAAGAAUGAGCUGAGCAACAGUCCGCUGGUGUCCAACGUGGCCUUCGGCUUCAUCCUGAUGGGACUGGAGAAGCUGGUGGAGCUGGAGUUUGAGUGUCCGUGCAAUCCGGCCUGGAACGGUGUGUUUUCCUCCGCGUUCUUCAUCAUUCCCGCCGUCAUGGCCUUCGCGCUCAUGAUGAUCAUUCAGGGAUGCAGGUGCGACGCCUGGUGCAGGAGGACCGUGUCUCUGUCCAGCUUCGUUCCCGCCGUGGUCUGGCUGAUCCUGCUCUUCCUGGACGGUCAGUAUUUCGCCUGCGCGAUGACAGACUGGCACGGGCGCUUCGUGAUCGUGGACAAAGCCGCUCCGCAGAAAUGGUGCGAGCCCAUUCAGGAGGAGAGCGUCGCUCCUCAGGAACUCAUGCUGCGCUCACAGCGACUGUUUGUGGAGUCUCAGGUGAUCGGCAUAGUGCUGCUCAUUUUUAUCUGUUUGGGACUGGUCGUGUAUGUGAUCAGAGAAAGCUGCAAGCAGGAGCUGGAAACUCAAGAUACCGAUGCGGCAGAGAUGACGCUCUACAGCUCCAGCUGAAAACACGCUUUACAGUACAGUGUUCACAGGGACACUUCACCCGGUCGUCAUUUACUCACCCUUGUGUCGUUCCAGACAUGUAUGAUUUUCUUUCCUCUCUGGAAGAAAGGAGCGGCGAUUCUGAAGCCGCUGCUGGUCGCUCUUUUCACCGCGGCUGAACGAACCCGAAACUUUCUCCAAAACCGGUCUGAACGAUUCACCCACGAAUCAGAUCCGAUCACAAACAUUAACAGAAGGGUCAGGGAGUAACGAACGAAAGUUUGGGCCACUUUUCACAUUUAUCUUCGAGGCAGAAAUAGUCACGCGGCUUUAGAUCAACAAGAGGGUGAGUCAGUUAUAUCAUAAAAGCUGAUUUUUGGGGCAAACUUACACUUCGUAGGAUUAUUUCAGGUUAAGUUAAACUCUACGGACAGCAUUCGUGAUCAGUCUUUUGAUCUCAAUUAUCUGCCAUGACCACGUAAAGCCAGUAAAUGCUCAUUUUCGUACAAAAUAAAAAAAAUAGCUCAGGUAUUUAAGAAAAAUGAACACGCACACAAACAUAAAAUACAAUAAACUUUUUUGUUUACCACAUAUCACAUAUGCUGUCAAUGGAGCAACCUGAAAAUACUUUUGUUUCAUUAUAUUUACCUAUAAAACGUGAAAAAAAAGUGCAAAACUGUACUAAAUCACAAAGCGACACUGAGGCGGUCCAAAUGCAGUUUUUGCCUGAUAUGAGCACUGUAAUGUAAAGUGUUACUCUACGUUAAGAUUUUUAGAUGAAUGACACGUUCUGUUAGGAUUAUCACCACGACUAACGCUCCUUUCAUGAAGGGACAUUUACGCUCAGCCAUCACGGUCUAACUGAACGGCACGGAGCAUGUCGCCGAUGACGGACACCUUCAUUGCUGUUAUUAAGUGACCGUUUUACAACUGCCUCACAUCAACACGCCUUUUAGGAAGCAGGAACUUGAAAACGGGUAAUUUUACAGUCAUAAUUUAUACACCGGCACAACAAAACAGCUGCAAUGUAGUUUAGGUAUUCAGGAAAGAAAUAAUGUGUUAAAAAAAAAAAUAUGUGAAUAUUGAAGGACUAUCUACUUUUCCAUGUCCCAUGGAUUACCUUCAUUAGUACCUUUUCUACGCAAGCCUGUUUCCACUAGGAGUUUAAAAUAAAUUAACAAGGUAAUAGCUCAUCUUUUUUCUUUUGAGAGGAAAAAGUCUGAAUUCUGAG